AUGAAUUCAUCUGCAAAUUUUAUAGAACCAAAUGGUAAUGUACCUGAUUUUGACCAAUCACCAAUCCAAAGAAGAACAAACAAUAAUAUUUCUAUCGGAGAUGAAUCAUUUAAUAAUUUGUCAAUAGGUAAUGUAUUAGGAAAUGCAAAUGUUCCAAACCCAAUGGAAAACCAGAGAAUAAUAAUUAGAAGAGUUCCAAGGCCAACUGUUCCACCAAUCCAAGAAACAGUGCAAAUAGCCACAAACCCACGUGUAACAUACAUAUUGGAAUACGAAAGUCUUCAGAAAGUUUGUCAAAGUAAAUACUAUUCAGAUGGCGAUGUUUCAAAUUUCUUUAUUACUGGAAUAAUUAAACAAGCAGGUGGUAGUAACGAAGAUUGUACCAGUCAAAAUAUUUUUGCAAGGUUAAAGUUUGUUGACUCUUGUAAAACAGGUGAAGAGAAACACUGGUACCCAGAUUCAGUUCCUUUAAUAAAGAGAUUAAUUUCAAUAUUAAAUGAUUUUAGUAGUAAAUUUGACUCUAAGGCUAAAAUGAGAAAAGAUGCACAAGAAGCUUUUCAAUUUCCUCAUUCUGCACUUUACUUAAAUUCUUCCCAAUAA